AUGAUACAAGAAACUACCGAAUCCUGUCACUGGAAUCACGUUUCCGGAACUUCUAAUCCAGCUGACCCACUUUCCCGUGGAGUCAAUCCGGUCGACAUCCAUCAGCAUUCGCUCUGGUGGAACGGUCCGGAAUGGCUACGCCUGCCACCUUCUGAGUGGCCCGUCAGCGAAAUGCCUUCGCUCGAUCCACGCUGGAUGUCAGAAGCGAAAACUACAGUGGCUCUGGUAGCUACCGUCGAAUCCAACUUCUCCGAACUCCUGUUCAGCCGAUACUCUAGCUUCAGCAAGCUUCGACGUUCCGUCGCAUACUGGAUGCGAUACUUCCGUGCCUUGAAGGCAGCCUCGCAGAAGACUUCCAUCGAGUCAUUCCAAUCCUUGACAACUGUCGACUUCCGUGAAGCGGAUAUCGCCCUCUGUCGCCUAGCACAACGUGACUCGUUUCCGGAAGAAAUGUCUAACUUCCGCUCUAGGAAGAAUCCUCCUACGUCGUCGCCACUGAAGUGGUUGAAGCCGAAAAUGAGCAAGGAAGGUGUCAUCAGAGUCGGUGGGAGACUAGGCUCCGCCGCCGUGAGCGAAGACGUGAAAUUUCCGAUUGUCCUCUCAUCCAAACACCCAAUGUCCGCUCUGCUGGCCAAGUUCUACCAUCAAAUGCUGCUGCACGCUGGCCCCCAGCUGAUGCUUGCAACGAUUCGCCAGAAAUUCUGGAUCAUCGGUGGCCGGAAUCUCGUUCGCCGCACGUACCACCAAUGUCAUACGUGCUUCCGCAGCAAACCAGUUUUGGUACAACAGAGCAUUGCAGACUUGCCGUCAUCUCGUGUCACUCCAACCAGACCGUUCGCCGUAUGUGGGAUCGACUACUGUGGUCCCGUGUAUAUCAAGUCACCGGUGCGCAACCGGGCUCCAAGGAAAGCGUACAUCGCCAUAUUUGUAUGUUUUGCUACCCGUGCCGUUCAUAUCGAACUUGUCUCCGAUCUGUCCACGCCGGCCUUUUUGGCCGCGCUCCGCCGUUUUGUCGCCCGCCGUGGAAGGAUGAAAGAAAUCCACAGCGACAACGGCACCGCCUUUAAGGGUGCAGCAAACGAGCUGCGCAGAAUCUACGAGAUGCUGAAGUCCAACGAAGCUGAUCGGAAGCAAGUCCUCGAUUGGUGCGCAGAGAACGAGAUAGUCUGGCGAUUCAUUCCACCGCGUGCACCACACUUCGGCGGGCUGUGGGAGGCAGCCGUCAAAUCCGCCAAGAACCAUCUGCUGCGCGAGAUCGGUACUGUUAACGUCAGCUACGAGGACAUGUGCACCCUACUAGCCCAAAUUGAGAUGUGCUUGAACUCUAGACCCCUAGUGCCAAUUCCUACCGACCCCUCCGACCUGGAAGUCCUUACCCCAGGGCACUUCCUGAUCGGGACGAGUCUACAAGCCGUUCCAGAACACAACCUGUGUGAUAUUCCGGACAACCGCCUUACGCACUUCGAGCUCACGCAGAAGCGAUUCCAGCGCAUCUGGUCCCGUUGGGUUCCAGAAUACCUCCAGCAGCUGCAGUCGCGGGCAACGAAGUGCAAGACUCCAGUCACCAUCAAGCCAGGUGCUGUCGUGGUGAUUAAGGACGACAAUCUACCACCGAUCCAAUGGCCGCUCGGGAAGAUCACUAAGGUGCAUCCCGGCAAAGAUGGAGUGGUACGUGUCGUCACCCUCAGAACGUCAACGUCCGAAGACUUCGUUCGUCCUGUCGCAAAGAUUGCGUUAUUACCGAUGCCGGAGAGCCAAGUUCCGGAACAUGUUGAGAGAGACCCGGUAGAGCAAGCCGAAAUUGCUCGAGGCGUUCGUGGGAACCCAGCAGUCGUCGAAAUCAUCCCCGAUGAACAAUAG